UCGUCUAAUUUUAUUUACUUUUCCAUUUAUUUAUUUAUUUGUUUAUUUAGGGUUAGGGAAAUAUUGCAUUUUCCAUCUGAACUCAUUGAUUUCUUGAGAUCACGGGAUCACCACACAGUUUUCUCUGGAUGCCAUCUCUGUGUUUACUGGGGUAAGCAGACAGCUGACUUUUGUUAUAUUAUAAGCACAGGGAGCACACUGACCAGCUACAGUAUGAUGUCCAAAUGGAACUUUUAGGAUCUGUGAUUUUGCUUGAUUAUAACUGUCUUCACUGAAUGACGUCAAUGUAGGAUUAACCUUAUGAAGUAAGUUCAUUGUUCUCAAACGGUUACAAAUCUAUUUGUUGAGUCAUAGGGCAAUUGUUAUUAUAUUAAUGAUUUAUACUUUUAACCUCAAUUCAAAGUUAGUUGUCCUAAUAAUAGUGAGAUAUUGUAAUUGUAGAUAUUAUGUUCAGAAUUGUAAAAUAUAUAAAAACAUUAAGGACAAAAUAGAUUUAUUGUAGGCAGUGACAUUAAAAUGAAGGGAUAAAGUGAUAGUCAUGUAAAAAUUUUAAGCGCAUGGUGAGAUAUCUAGGUUACAUGUAUUGAUUAGACACAAACAGAUGCUGCCAGACCCUCCCCUAUCCCUCACCCUCUUUGAAUCUGACCUGUACAUACGCUGCCUUAUAGCAGAACAACAAAGGUAUUUUGAAGUUUUUCAUCAUUCCCUAACAUUUGCAAUCAGUGCAGCAUUUCUGCUUGUAAUUGUAUGUUGUAUUAUUCUGCAGGGAGCUUACUAGAUAAAUCCAGAGUUGCCAUGGAUCAGGAUAUGGUGAAUAUGUUUGCCAUUGCUGCAGGGACUCUUGCUAUCCCUCUCCUCCUUUUCAUGGCCUCCUUUAUGCUGUGGCCAUCAUCGCUCAUCAAAAUCUAUUACUGGUACUGGAGGAGAACUCUGGGUCUGCAGGUACGUUAUGCAGACUGCGGAGGUUAUCGCUUCUGUUACUCGCACAGGGGCAAACCAGGCCUCAGGCCCUCUAUACUCAUGCUGCAUGACUUCUCUGCUCAUAAGGACACAUGGCUCCCCAUGGUGAAGUACCUUCCCAAACAUCUGCACCUGCUGUGUGUCGACAUGCCAGGGCAUGAGGGGACAACACGUACCAGUACGGAUGACUAUUCAAUCCAGGGCCAGGUCAAGAGAAUACGGCAGUUUGUAGAGGCCAUUCGACUAAACAGAAAGCCGUUCCACCUGGUGGGGACUUCAAUGGGUGGCACUGUGGCAGGAGUGUAUGCAGCCUGCCAUCCCUCAGAUCUCUACAGUUUGACCCUCAUCUGCCCAGCCGGUCUGAAGAACCAAAACGAGAGCAAGUUUGACUGUCAGAUGCAUGAUGUGGAGCACAGCCAGUACACCCUGAAUAUUCCUCUUAUUCCAUCCACCCCGGAGGAGAUGGAGGAGAUGCUGAAGCUCUGUUCUCACGUGCGCUUCAGAGUGCCUCAACAGAUUCUACAAGGCCUGGUGGAUGUACGGAUACCACACAAUGACUUUUAUCAUGAGGUUUUCAUGGAAAUUAUGAGUAAAAAUUCAAAAUAUGCUUUGCAUGAGCAUAUGCAGCAAAUAACUACCCCUUUACAAGUCAUCUGGGGCAAACAGGACCAGGUGGUGGAUGUGUCUGGCGCAGCGGUGCUUGCCGAGGCUCUUCCGCACUGCCGUGUUGAUCUGCUGGAGAACUGCGGUCAUUCUGUGGUCAUGGAGCGACCGCGACAAACAGCCAAGCUCAUUUUAGAUUUCAUCAUCUCUCAGCAGAACACAGAGAGCGCCAGCACAAAGAAGAAAUCCUGAGACGUCUCUGCUAUCAACCGUAUUUUGCUUAUCAAAUGCAGCACCCCACUGACCCUGAAGUGUAUAUAUAUAACAAACUUAGGGAGAAAUUAUAUUCAUAGUAAUAAUUUUGCAGUGUUUUUCAGUUUGAUUGAUUAAAGAAAGAGAUCACGCUUAUAGAAAGUAUAUGGUAACACUUUACAAUAAGAUUUUACUUGCUAACAUUAGUUAACAUGAACUAUGAACAAUGAACAGUGCAUUUAUUAAUCUUAAUGUCAAUUUCAACAUGUACUAAUAUAUUUUUAAAAAGUUUUAUUUGUGACCCUGGACCACAAAACUAGUCAUAAGGGUCAAUUUUUUGAAAAUCUGGAAUCUGAGAGUUCAAAAAAUCAAAAUAUUGAGAAUUUUUUGAUAUAUUUAUGGUAGGAAAUUUACAAAAUAUCUUCAUGGAACAUGAUCUUUACAUAAUAUCCUAAUGAUUUUUGGCAUAAAAGAAAAAUCGAUCAUUUUGACCCAUACAAUUGUUGGCUAUUGCUACAAAUAUAUCUGUGCGACUUAUGACUGGUUUUGUGAUGCAGGGUCACGUUUGUUGACAUUAGUUAGUACUAACAUGAACAACUGUUUUUGUAUUAACUAACAUUAACAAAGAUUAAUAAAUGGUGUAAAAAAAAAAAAAAA